CAAAUCUUUAUAUAUAAAUUUGCUGAUCGAUUAUAUAAGUCCGAAUAUUAAUAAAUAAAUAUGUAAUAGCCGUAUAAAAAAAAAAAAAGGAUGAGUCAAACUUGUCUUCUAAAGGCAAAGUUGCUGGUGCAGAGUUGUGUGGCCCUUGUCAAGUUUAGCAUCUCUCUCUCUCUCUCGAAAGCUUCUUUCUCUCAUAUAGUUAACAGUACUUUUGUUUAUUUUCUUCCUGGAAACUGCAUCAUCAUCAUUCAUCACUUAGACCUCUCCAUCACUCUUCCUUCUUUUGGUGUGUUAGUUGGAGUUAGCCUGUAAAAGGUACAAGAGUGAAGUUUGGAUAUUUAUUAAGACCCUCGAGUUCUACUAUGUCUGGAAGCCAAGAGCCUAGGAUCCGGCCAUCUACCUGGAGCUGCAGUGAUAUUCCAAUCAAGAAGAGGAAGUACCUUGUGCAGCCGCAACUGGAAGAAGCUGCCUCCUCACAGAUUCCACAACCUAGUGAGCAAGGUGAUACUAGUGGUGCUGGUAGGAGUGCCUUGGUUUCAUCUCUAGCCGAUGAAAAUCAGAAAAUGACUGGUCCAUCUGUUUCUGUGGGAAUUGCUGGUAAAGGGAAGAGCAUCGGGAACAUUAUUUUAGACCAAAUUAGAGUGAAAGUUGAGAAGCCAAGUUCUCCAAUUCACUCCAGUCCUUUGGCAGGGUUUCAUAUCCCUUCUACUUCCAACAUACUUGGCAGUUCUCUCCAUUGUUCUCUGGGAAAGCUUCCUGUUUGUGCUGAACACCCUGGUGUUGUUGUCACCUCAGGUGCACAAACUGGGAUGAAACUAGAAAAAACUGUUCUUAAGACUCAUGAUAGUGUCAAGGAGACGUGUGACAAGGAAACUCUCAGAGGAGAGUCUCUAACAGAAGCAUCUUCUGGUGAUAAUACUGUUUCUUUACAGCUAGGUUGUAACACUAAAAACAGUUCUCCAUAUUGGAAGAAUGAAGAGCCUACAGAACUGAAUUUGUCAUUAAGCAAGGGAGUUUGUCCCGCUCAUAACACAGAUUCUACUUCUACUUGUACUAAAUCUGGCAACAGUGGUGUGAACAGAGAAAAUUGGGAUUUGAAUACUACCAUGGAUGCUUGGGAAGGUGCUCUAGAUCGCACGACUAGAGUUAAGACAACUGGUGCAUUCUUAAACAGUAACAGAAGUCUUCGUGACAUAGAGGGAUCAAGUUGUCGUGAUACGACUGCUAUUGCAAAGUCUGUUUCUGAAAAACAGAAGGAAAAUGUAGGAUUUAGUUCUCCUAAGGUGACUUUGAUGCAAUUUGAUAAUCAGGUUAACCCCACAUGCUCACUUAGUCUAGGCCUCAGUUCAUAUCCUCCUAUUGAGAAAUCUCCUUCUCUACCAGCUACCACAUCAGAGACAAGAGCUGCUUGUACAAGUUUUUCCAGACCAGUAAUGAUUGCUGGGAAUGUGAAUUCGGUGAAUCUUAGGACUGUGAAGUCAGAAAUCAUUGAAGAGAGUGUUAGGCAGGAAACUGAGAAGAGUGCUCAAGUCUGUCCAAUUGGGCUAUCUAUUAAAGGAGUGAAACAUGAGGUUGUUGGCAGAUUCAGUCAAGGAAAUAGUCCCUCAUCUGUCAUUUUGAAGCCAGUGGUUCCUAUAUCAGUAAAGUCUGAGCCAAAUACCUUCACCCAAUCGGAAGUUUUCAAUAGGAAAGAUGGAUUGUUGAAUCAUCCCCAUACACCAAUAGUGCAAUCAAAUGACAUCCCUGAUUUACCUACAAGUUCUACGCCAUAUCAGAAGGAUACAUAUAUACCUUGUUCUAAUGGUAUUAUCAAUGCACCAAUGUCCUUAGAUGGAAUGACAAUAGUUCCAGGCGUUCAGAUUGAUCCUGACUGUACAUUAAAAGAAAAUUCAGGUCAGAGUAGCAGUGUAGCUAAAUUAUGCGAAGUGCUGAAACAUGGUGGAGUUCACACGACUUAUUCAUGUUCUGGUCAUGGUGAUCAUAACCUCAAUGCUUCAGGUGUGAAUGUUACUUCCUUGACUGAAGAGAAAAUUGUAGAUGAUUGCAAGACCUGUAUAUCGAAAGAAAUCCCUCAUAAUUCUCGUGGAACUGAUGAACGUUCUAUAAAUGAUGAAGAAAAGAUUAUUUUAUCUGGUAAGGAGCUAGAGGAACAUUUAUACAGUUAUGGGUUUGAAUCAGAUUGUGGUCAUGAUCUAUCUAGAGUAAUGAAGAAGCAAGUUGAGAAAACAAAUUUGUACGAUGACGGGAAGGUUCAAGGACCAGCUGCUGUUUUCACGGAAAGAAAUGAGGUUGCACAUGCCGAAUACGGUGGUUCUGAAACUGAACGAAGGAACACUAAUAUUCCGUGCCAUGGUGAUUUUCAAAAUUCUAACCACGUGGAAGAAAAAGGGAGUCAGCCUGCACUUCUUGAUAAUACAGUCGAAAUGGCAAGUACUGAAGUUCAUAUUAAGAGGCAUACUCCAGAACUUCAAAGUAGAAUAUUUGAUGGAUCAGGUGAAAACGAAGGCCGGAUAGUUCAGGAUGGUGAAGGAAUGUCAGGUGUCUCUACAGUGUCAGGCGGCAUUGAAAACCCUGAAAUAGUAGAUAACAGCAGUCCAGUUUCAUACAAGGCAGAAAUGUCUACUAUUGACAAUGAUCCUCCUGCGGAGUGCAGUGACGGUAGUCAGAGUCGAAUUAUAAACUUAACUCAGGUUUCUAAUAAAUCUCCAGUUAAGGCACCAGAUGCUUCAGGCAGCUUUGUGCCACCCCGAAUGGAAAGAGAUAGAUUUCAUGAUUUCCCACUCGAACCGCGGAAAUAUAUUUUCAGAGAGAGUGAUGAAUCCUACAAAUUCUCGCGUGAGAGGUACCAUGGCAAAAUCAUGAGAAGCCCAAGGUUAAAUUUCAUACCUGAUAGAAGGAGAUUACCUGAUAACACAGAAAGCAAUCUGCAUGACCAGGACACAAAAAAUUUUGAGUUUGAUAAUCAUGGAAACACUCGUCGGGGUGGUGCUUUUAUGAGUAAUUUUCAGAGAGGGAGACGGCCUACAAAUGACGAAGUAACACCUUAUUCUCACUCCUUUCCGAGAAGAAAUUCUAGCUUUUCAUUUAAUAGAGGACCAACAAAUAAAGAGGAUGCAUCUGCAUUUCACGGAUUUAGAGAUGGUGAAAAAUUCACAAGGGAAUUACAAUGUAACAACACAGAACCAAUGUUUAUGAAUCCCCAACGUCCAUAUCAAGGUCGGAGUGGUUUUACUCGAGGACGAACAAAGUUUUUAAACAACCCCAAACGAGAUUUUCCUGGAUUUCGUUCACGAUCUCCAGUUAGAUCAAGAGAACGAUCAGAUGGUUCAUCCUCGUCUUUCAGGAACAGAUCACAGGAAGAGUUCAGUGGGCAUAUAGACUUUUCUCAUCGAAGAUCACCCUCAGGUUACAAAAUGGAGAGGAUGAGCCCGCCUGACCAUACUGGUUUUUCAAGGGAAAUGGUUGUCAGAAGACACAAUUCUCCACCUUUCUCGCAUAGACCAUCAAAUGCUGGAAGGGGACGGGGUUAUCCAAGGGGCCGAGGUUAUGCAAGGGGUCGAGGUUAUGGAAGAGAUGGCAACUCAUUUAGGAAACCAUCUGAUCGUGUUGUACAUAGAAACCAUGGAAACUUGAAUAACUUGGAUCCUCGAGAAAGGGUCGACUAUAGUGAUGAUUUCUUUGAAGGUCCAAUUCAUUCUGAACGAUUUGGUGUUGAUGUUAACGCUGAGAGAAGACGAUUUGGUUAUAGACAUGAUGGUACCAGCAGCUCUUUUAGACCAUCUUUUAACAAUGAUGGUUGUGCACCUACUAAUGUAGAGAAUGAUCCUGAUGCUGUGAGGUUCCGACAGGACCCCCAUAUUAAAAUUGAAGAACAAGGGAGUUUAAUGGAAAUUGAUGGGGAAAAUAAGAUUUCAACUGAGAAUGCAUCUGGAAGAACUAAGAAUAUGGAAGAGGAGGAAACUUCAAAGAACAGUAAAAUUUGGCAACCGGAUGAGCUUGGUGGUGAUGGUUUUUAAAAUAAAGGUUAGUAUUCAAUUUGCUUGAAGCUUCUUAGACCAGAAAGAUAGAAGUGAUAGUGAAUCAGUUAUCAAACGGAGCUUCUGUGACUUUUCCACGGCCGAGACCAGUUAGUGGCUGAUUAUUGUAGACAUUCCAAUAGCUGAUGCAAAGGGACACUCUGCUCUGUUGUUCUAAAAACUUUUGAAAUUGGCAAUUGCUUGGCUGUGGCCUGUGUAUAUUUAGCACUUCUGUUGUGGAAUCAUGGAGAUUUCUUUGCCUUUCUUGCUGUGAUUCAGUUUCCGGUGUUCUCCUCUGCACUGUCGCACUGUCCGUGUUUAAGUUGGAAUGGGUAUAUGAUUGAAGCAAGAUGGUGUAAAUACAUGUGGGAAUUUUUCAGGCUUCUCUAUACUUUGUAACUCAGCUGGCUUAUGUAGAACGAUACGGGUCCAACAGAUAUCAGGGGGAGGAAUGGCUAGGGUGAUAGAAGAAACACUUUACUCUUGUUAAAAUACAGGGGUCCAGACUUUUUACCCGUACAACUAUUCAGGCAGGAGAGACGUGCAGGUUUUGUUCUUGAUGAACGAGUAUCUUUGCCGAAGCACUCGAGUGUUCUACUCGAAGUUAGACUUGCCAGAACCAUAACAACCCCAAUAUAUGGUUGAGUUGUAACUGUUAUUGGUUUAGGACAUUCAGUUUCAUCAGCGAAGAAACCAGAUGAUGGAUUCUCAUAACAUGAUGUCAUCAAUCUGGCUUGCUUGAAAUGUUGAAACAGCCACUUAUCAGUUGAUAUAGACAAAAGGAGUGUGAGAAAUAAGGGUUUGUAAGUUUGAUAAUAUUGUUUGACCCAAUAAUAAGCUUUUUAACCUAUCAAGUUGAAGCAUGUACAGUUUGGUAGAACUGGAUUUACUGGCCAUGGACGAGAGCAAACUGGAAACGGCCUAAGUGUAGGCAUGUGAAAGAUUCGUGGCACAGAAUUUUACCAGGUUUAAUCAGUAGAUGUUGUUAAUGAGGGGUUGAAGUGUUGGGAACUGGAAGAAGAAUCCAUAAGAUCUGAUUGGGGCAUGUGUAUGAGUUUGUAUCUGGUUCAUGUUUCUGAGGCAAGAAACUGAAGUUUAUUAGAGGCUGGUGUUAUAAGAGUGACGAGACUAUAGGCUAAGCUACCUCUUGACUAAUGGUUGGCAAAUCCAUCAACAUACGUCAUAUGACCUUCUACAGAAUGUGUAAGGUGGUGCUAUUGUACUAAAAAGUUGGCAUUUUAUAGUUGUAAAAAUUUGUUUACUUAUCAAACCAAACAUGUCAAAUAUACACACGUCUCAUCUGCAAGGUAAACAAUAUCCAAGUUUGUGUUGUUCAAACUUUCUUCUUUAGGCUAAAUACUCAAAUUUUAGAAGCA